AUGCCCCGCUGCUCCUCUCUUCCAUUGUGCGUGCACUCUCUUUCCCCUCCGCGCCAUUCGCAUUUUGUCCCCAUCAUCUCCUCCUGUGCGUAUACUAUCACAUACACCGCUGCUCCUCUCCUCCCUUGCGCCUUCUCUCUCCCUACCCCCCGCUCCUCUUUUUCCGUGAGCCCUCCCUCUCAUUCCCCUCUCAUUCUCUCAUUCCGUGCGCCAUCCCUCUCAUUCCCCUCUCAUUCCCCUCUCAAACUCUCAUUCCGUGCGCCUUCACUCUCAUUCCCCUCUCAUUCUACCAUUCCGUGUGCCUUCACUCUCAUUCCCCUCUCAUUCUCUCAUUCCGUGCGCCUUCACUCUCAUUCCCCUCUCAUUCUCUCAUUCCGUGCGCCUUCACUCUCAUUCCCCUCUCAUUCUCUCAUUCCGUGCGCCUUCACUCUCAUUCCCCUCUCAUUCUCUCAUUCCGUGCGCCUUCCCUCUCAUUCCCCUCUCAUUCUCUCAUUCCGUGCGCCUUCACUCUCCUUCCCCUCUCAUUCUCUCUUUCCGUGUGCCUUCGCUCUCAUUCCCCUCUCAGUCUCUCAUUCCGUGCGCCAUCCCUCUCAGUCUCUCUUUCCGUGCGCCUUCACUCUCAUUCCCCUCUCAUUCUCUCAUUCCGUGCGCCAUCCCUCUCAUUCCCCUCUCAUUCUCUCAUUCCGUGCGUCAUCCCUCUCAUUCCCCUCUCAUUCUCUCAUUCCGUGCGCCUUCACUCUCCUUCCCCUCUCAUUCUCUCUUAGGGUGUGCCUUCCCUCUCAUUCCCCUCUCAUUCUCUCAUUCCGUGCGCCUUCACUCUCAUUCCCCUCUCAUUCUCUCAUUCCGUGCGCCUUCCCUCUCAUUCCCCUCUCAUUCUCUCAUUCCGUGCGCCUUCACUCUCCUUCCCCUCUCAUUCUCUCUUUCUGUGUGCCUUCGCUCUCAUUCCCCUCUCAGUCUCUCAUUCCGUGCGCCAUCCCUCUCAGUCUCUCUUUCCGUGCGCCUUCACUCUCAUUCCCCUCUCAUUCUCUCAUUCCGUGCGCCAUCCCUCUCAUUCCCCUCUCAUUCUCUCAUUCCGUGCGUCAUCCCUCUCAUUCCCCUCUCAUUCUCUCAUUCCGUGCGCCUUCACUCUCCUUCCCCUCUCAUUCUCUCUUAGGGUGUGCCUUCCCUCUCAUUCCCCUCUCACUCUCUCAUUCCGUGCGCCUUCACUCUCCUUCCCCUCCCAUUCUCUCAUUCCUUGCGCCUUCACUCGCAUUCCCCUCUACUCCUCUUCUCACGUGUGCGUUCUCUCGUCCCCCUCUGUUUCCUCUCAUGCGAGUUUGUCCCAUUCCCCUCUGCUCCGCUCCUCCCGUGCGCAUGCUCUCUCUUUCCCCUCUGCGCCUAUCCGCCCAUGCGCAAUUUGUCUUUUUCCCCUCUGCUCCUCUCCCCCCUUUGCGCCUUCUCGCUCGCUCCCCUCUGAAUCUCUUCUCCAGUUUCGGCCUUCCACUGGCCUCAUAUGCUUGUAUUCUCUGGUUUCCCCUUUCCCCUCCCCACCCAUGCAUGUAUUCUCUGGUUUCCCCCUUCCCCUCCCCACCUAUGCAUUCGCUUGUCUUCUCUAAUUUCCCCUUCCCCUGCCCUCCUAAGCUUGUCUCCUCUUGUUUCUCCCUUCUCCUGUCCUCAUGUCAUUUCUCUGCCCAAGAUGUCGUCUCUGUGCAUUCGACACUCGAUCGGGUUUGGGACGCCACAUGCAGAGCAACUCCUGCCCUGCAAACCUCAUUAGCAGUAGCGAGCAGCUGCAGCCCCCCAAGCGCGCAAGGUCGAGCUUCAUCCCUCCUAACCCCAUUCCGCGUGCAGUACUUAGACACUAGUGAUACUUCCUCAUCCUCUGAUUCAGUAGAUAGCGCGCUGCCCUUUGAACAAGAUGACGAUGCGUCUAGUAACGCUGCUGUAUCUGGUGCUGAUGAUGAUGGUGGGGAGGGAGCUCAAGCAGGUGUUGCACUGGCGGAAGAGGAAGAUGCCCCUCAGUUUAACCUCAAGGAUGCUCUUGCGCUCUGGAUCCUCUCCAACUGA